AAAAAAAAUUAAAAAUGGCUGAGCUAUUUCCUUCUACCACCAUAGCCACUAUUAUUGCUUCUCUAAUCCUCCUCCUAGUUCCAAUUUCUUGUUCUUCUCCAUUCAUUACAGAUGGAUCGAGAGACUCUCCGAUUCCACAAUCAGAUAUUGAUCUACUUGAAUUUCCUUUAAAUUUAGAGUACCUUGAGGCUGAGUUCUUUUUGUAUGGAUCGAUGGGUCGAGGACUGGAUAAUUUUGCUCCAAAUUUAACCAUGGGAGGGCCGAAACCCUUGGGUGCUAAGAAGGCUAAUCUUGACCCUUACACUAGAGAUGUCAUCAAGCAGUUUGCAUGGCAAGAAGUGGGACACUUGAGAGCAAUCAAGGAUACUGUGCAGGGAUUUCCAAGGCCAUUGCUGGAUUUGAGCACAAAAUCAUUUGCAAAAACCAUGGAUGCCGCUUUUGGGAAACGAUUGUCUCCACCUUUUGAUCCUUAUGCCUCUUCACUUCACUAUCUUAUCGCAUCCUAUGUCAUCCCUUAUGUUGGACUGACAGGAUAUGUUGGAGCAAACCCAAAACUCCAGGCUGCUGCUUCCAAGAGGCUUGUUGCAGGCCUUUUGGCUGUGGAGUCUGGCCAAGAUGCAGUCAUCCGAGGAUUGUUAUAUGAGUAUGCCUUGAUCAGGUUGCACCCAUAUGGGAUAACUGUGGCAGAAUUCACAAAUCGCAUUUCAGAUCUGAGGAACAAGCUAGGGCAACAAGGUAUAAAAGAUGAAGGCCUUGUAGUUCCCAAAAAGUUUGGUGCUGAGGGGCAAAUUAGAGGCAAUGUCCUUGCUGGAGAUGAGUACUCCAUUGGAUAUUAUGCAAGGACUCCGGAGGAAAUACUAAGAGUUGUGUAUGGUAGCGGUAAUGAAAGUACUCCUGGAGGUUUCUACCCUAAGGGGGCUGAUGGUCGAAUUGCUAAAUCCCAUCUGCAACAUUCCUAAAGCUUACUAGCUCGCAUAAAUGCGAGUGGUUUUAUAUUUUCAGCUGUAUUUCAAUCAAUGUCCGGACCUCAAGUUCUUGCUAUCACCACUAUAAAAUUAGCUUUCGUUGAAAA